GGGGCUCCUCCUCCUUGGCCGUAUUUCAGAUGUGAGCGGCUCUGACGGUUCAGACUGAGAAGGAGGAGGAGGAGGAGUGUCGGUGCAGCUUCAUCAGUAAACAGACGGCAGCUGUUGGUAACGGUUAACGAACGGUGACCGGAUGAACAUGGAGAAGAAGAGGAUGAUGAUAAAGAUGAUGAAGGGGAUGAAGAUGAUGAAGGUGACGGCGUUUCUUCAGCUCGGCGGUAAGAACAGAAAAAUAAUCCUCCAUCAUCUCCUCCACCUCCAUCCUUCAUCCUCCUCUUCAUCACCGAGCUCCUCCCGGUCCGCCCGUGUGUGCGUGAGUGUGUGUGGUUAAUAUGUGUGCGGGGGCGUGUAUGUGUUUGUGUGUGUAAUGGUGAAAUGAUGAUGCAGCAAAUACACUCUGUGUGUGCCAUCACUGCACUGUGCGCGCGCGCACAGACACUUUUGCUACACAACCACACACGCGUGCGCGUAAAUAUAGAGCUAUCAUAUCACUGCGUCGGAGCGAGGAGUUGACGUAAAAACCCGGGAAAUAUCCGGUGAAACACGGGCUGCAUGCCUCUACAGGUGAGUUCCUCACCAUCACCUGUGACAGGUGACAGCAGACAUGUGACUCUGAGGCGGCUCUGAACCCUGUUAACUCUCACUGAUCAUGUUCAAAUCAUUUAUUGACACACUGAUCAAUCAUCAAAGUAAUAACAUUGUUAUUAUUGAUUAUUGACAUUCAAACAGAAUCUGCAGUGUGAUAGUGGAAACAGUAUUUUGUUUAGCAGUAAUACUCUACUGUAUGUUAUACACAGUUGUACUACCUCAGUAUACUUUAUGUACAGCAGUAAUACUCCACUGUAUCUUGUACACAGUUGUACUUCCUCAGUAUACUUAAUUUGUAGUUUAAAAGCCUUUAUUUCUACUUUUUCAUGAAUGUGUGAUUUCAGAAUGUUCCAUUGUUCUGAAACUUAUGAAAUACUAAAAAAUCAUCUGCAUAAAAAAUUUACUCUAACUGCUAAAAAUCUGGAAAUGUCUCCUCACCUUGGCGUUGUCUGAUUCAAAAAUCGGUAACACGGAAAUGAUGACGGUUUUAAAAAUGGUCCGUGUCUCACCUGAGCGGGUAUCCUGUGAGGCCAUGUCAACACACCUGAGGAAAAGUGACAAUAAAAACAUGUUUCGCUUGGCCGCCCUUUUGUUUAAUCAUGACUUCAUGGUUUCGUGCAUGACCUAACACUCAGUGCACUCACAUGCACAGUUUAAUGGAACUUGAAGUCCGCUGAAUCGGACUUCUCUCCUUGUCCUAGUAUACAUGCAGCUGAGAAAAUUAAAUUUUUGACGUGAACGUGUUCUCCUCCCAAAAACUAGGGGGCAAUAUGGGUCUUUUCAGCGGUGCUGUUUCCGACCACAUACAACCGUCAACAACAACAGCAGGUCUGUGCCAGACGUCAGAAGUGUCUACAACUGCUGCUGAGCAUUUUGGAGCAAGAAGAUGGAGCAUCGUACAGCGUUGUUUUUGUCCUACAUGAUGGACGCACUACUUUUUCUGCAGAUGAGAUGCACGCUACUCCUCUUCUCUGGUGUUUUCCGGGGUUACAGAGGCGUGGCGCAAGCGCACAUGCAUCGUCCGAUCAUAUUCCGACUACGCUGGUUACAUGGUAGAGAAAAUGGAAUUCCAAUCGCAUUAUCUGGGUGUCUUAAUCUCCGACUUCAAUUAGAGUUCUCAAACUCCGAUUAUAGUCAGACUAAGGUGUUUACAUGCACUUCAGUUGUCGGGUCUUAAUCGGAAUAAGGCGAUAAUUCGGUUUUCUUGAGUGUCAUGGAAACAUACUGACUGACUCACCUGUUGGUUGUUUCUCUGCAGGUCAUGUGACUUCUCAUGGGGAAUGGGUAGGCAGCAUUGAGCUAGCUUCUGGUGGACAGGAGGUCUGAGGCAAGGCAAAGGAUCAUGGGAGAUGGGGGACCCCUGCAGACUGAGGGGAACGCCCUCCUCAAAGCUGUUUUCCAAGGGAAACUGAGGCUGACCCGCCUGCUGCUGGAGGGUGGAGCUUACAUCAAUGAGGGCAAUGAGCGUGGAGAGACUCCCAUCGCCGCCGCCUGCAUAGCGAGCUACGAUGACCCGCAAACCCGGCAGAGGAUGGUCCGGUACCUGCUGGAAAAAGGUGCUGACCCCAACAUCCCAGACAAGAGUGGGAGGACGGCGCUGAUGCAUGCAUGUGCAGAGCAAGCAGGGAAAGAGGUGGUCUCUCUCCUGCUGGAGAACGGUGCUGAUCCCAGUCUUAAAGACUACUCCGGGUCCUCUGCCCUUGUCCACGCCAUCAACAAGGGGGACCGCGACACCCUGCAGGUGCUGCUGGACGCCUGCAAGGCCAAAGGAAAGGAGGUGAUCAUCAUCACCACCGACACAUCUCCUUCAGGUACCAAGAAGACCAAGCAGUACCUGAACUCUCCGCCAUCACCCGGCAUUGUGGAUAAACUCUCUCCGGCCUGCAUGUCCCCCUCCGAGGUGGAGAUCGGAACCUCCUCACCAGCAGGAGACAAGACCAAAGACCUGGAGGGUAUCUUCAGUUUCGCACUCACCUCAGCUUUACCUUUACCUACAGCUAGACCUCCAGGAGAAAAGAGACCCCCACCUCGGAAGCUGCUGAAGAGGCUGAACUCCGAGCCCUGGGGUCUGGUGGCCCCCUCGGUGCUGAGUGGGGUUCCUCAGGAGAGGGUCAAUGGAGGUCUUGAGGAGGAGAGCAGUGGAGAUCUUAGCAGGACCAUCACUCAAAUGAAUGGCCUGUCCAUCACAGAACCGGUGAGACCUCUGUUGUCACGGCGACACAGCAUUGAGACCCAUGACCCCUGUUCCCCCAAACUCAUUGACCGGUCCUGCUCAGAGGACUGCACAGCCCUCUCUGGUUCCUCCUGGGCUGACAAAGUCCAGCAGCAUCAGAUCCUGUACCGUAGGAACACGGCCCCAGAGUCCCAGGAGAACACUGGGGGGCCGGGAGUGGUGGUGACCCGGGCCCUGGCUCACCCUAAACUGACCAGGAUGGAGCACUAUGAGUCAGAAACCCACUUGGCCGCGGAGUCCAUCCCUGGGUCUCCAGACUCUGGUCGAGUGUCUGUGGACCGGAGGAGGUACAACGCCUCCCCCCUCUCCUUGGUCACGAGUUCCUCUAGAGAGUCCCUGGAGAACAUCCCCAACUCUGUGUCCCCCAUCACCAUGAGACGGCGCCCUCCGGGACUUCUGGAACGUCGGGGAUCUGGGACCCUUCUGCUUGACCACAUCUCCCACACUCGACCCGGAUUCCUUCCCCCGCUCAACAUCAACCCCCAAAGACCCAUUCCCGACAUCCGGGCUAACGGCAGGCCCACCUCCCCCGUCCACUCUGGACACAAGAUCCUGGUCCCCAUGGCCCCGGCCUCCCCCAAACGAGGUCCUGACUUCAAGAUGAAGAAGAAGCUGAUGAGGCGACACUCCAUGCAGACGGAGCAGAUGAAGCAGCUCUCCACCUUCCAGGAGAUCCUGGCUGAGAAGGUCAUGGAGUCCAAUGGGGAUUAAGACCGGAGGUGUCAGAGCGAAGCAUGAUGGGUACCUGCAGGGACCUUUGGGGGGGGGGGGGGGUUGGACUAGCUGUGGAGCUUCUGCAUCAGAUCAUCUCUUCACCGAUGAACUCACUAAAAACCAGGUCCUGGUCUUUAUGAGGGCUGCACCAACAACAACAAAAUCAACGUUCAUUCAUAAAUUAUAAUCUACAAGGUUAAAGUUAACCUCAAGUUAACCUGAAUUUAGAUUUAAGAAAACCUGAAUUCUGGGUUCAAGUUAAUAUGAGUCAAAGUUCAUCCUAAUUAUAAUGAAUCUGGAUUAAAGUUAGGCUGGGCUGUAACUGAUCACAUAGAGAUGACCUUCAUUUCAAUAAUUCUGGAUUACACCGCUUCUGGAUUUAAGUAAUCUGAAUUUAGGUUCAUCUUGAUUUAAAUUAGACUGGAUAAAACUGUCUGGAAAUAAAAUUGACCUGGGUGUAAAUUAAUCUGGAUUAAAACUCAUUGUGGUUUAAGUUAGUCUAAAUUAAAGUUAAAAUAGAUAAAAGUUAAUUUGGUUUAUUUUUUGGACAUGGAUUAAAAAUAAUCUGUUCUGAAAGGUCUAAAAUAAAAGAAUCUGGAUUGAGAGUUUAAUUACAUUAAUCUGGCUUCAAGUUAACCUGAAUCGAGUAUAAUUUUGAUUAAAAAUUGCUCUGGAUUUGGGUUUGUCCGAAAAUAAAAUAGAUUUAAAUGAAUCAGGUUUAAAGGCUGAGAGUUCAGAUCAGGUGGGAUUUCAAUCUAGUGUUCAAGUUGCAAUCUAUCAUUUUUUCACAAACUGACAUUAAAUACAUCUAAUAUAAUAUAAUAAUACAAUAAAUAAUAUAAUAUUUUUGAAACAUAACAAUUAAAAGAUUAGUUUCCCAUUUCUUUCAAUAGUGAAUAAUAUGUGGGUUUUGGUCACAUGACUUUGAUCACUGUCGUCCAUUUUAAAUAGUCAUGUGACUUGAUUACUCAUAGUUAGGAAACUAACUUUUAUACGCUGAUACGCUGCAGCAGCGUCGACACAGAGCAGGUUCUGUUUCAGGGUCAGUGGAGCUCUAACGGUUCCUUCAUGUAGUUGAAGUUGGUCAGACAGACCAGACUCAAGAGAAGCUUGGAUGAAGCUGAAAUACUGGAUACCAGUGGAGCUCAACUGGGGCGCCAGUAACUUCAGGAGGGAGCAGAUUAGAUUUUCUGAAGAACAUCAGUGUUGAUUUGAGAGGACUGCUGUUUCAUGAAGAAAAAGAUCUAUUGAUUUAUUGAUUUAUCAGAGAGCUGAACCAAAACGAUGGGACUGGUUAGAGAGGUAUUCAGUGUUUUCUUUCAGACUGUUUACAGUACAGAGUAAAUAUGACUAAAAUCAUUUCCACAAAGUAUCGGAAAACGACGAAGUAUUGAUCCAUAAUGUUUUUGAUCAGUAACCAGGUGACAUGUUGGCGGUGCAGCCCUCCUGUUCCCACACAGAUGCAUUCUGGGUAGCAAUCAGUUUACAGCUGUCCCAAUGCUUCCUAAUGACACAGAGCGUGUGGAGGUGUUCGAUGUUUACAGACGCAUUAUUUGCACUGAGGUCGAGUCGUUCUGAGGAAACAUGAACCUGCUGCUGCACCUGAACUCUCACAGAUCCCAGAUUUGAUCCUCUUCUAAAAACCGUGUGAACUUCCUGCCGCGCUGUACAUUCUGUACCCGUCGUCCACAUGAUGGUUGGUAUUUCCGUGUCUUCAUUUUACCGUCAGUUUUAACGGCUGCAAACUUUGACUGAUGACCCGACAGCUCGGAGUGAAGAACUUUGAUGUAAUGUUUUUUUUCUUGUCUAUGAAUCCCAAAGAGUUCACCCGGACGAGUCGAGCUGAACCUGCAGAGACAAACUGAAACUGACUCCUCCACAGGGGGGCGCUGCAGGACAAGUGAAGGGGGAGAAGACAGAGUCUGAACUCUGUAUGUCCGGUUACAGCCACAGGAUGUGUUAGCCUAGCUUAGCCCAGAGAGGUCAACUCAUAGACUGCAUAUACUAUGGACAACUUGAUUCCGCCUACCGCCUGUAUAUGGAUUUGAAGCCAAAAAGCUCUCGAUAUUUCCAGGAUUUUUCUUCAUUUCCUGAAACCAGCGCUGCGCAGUAGCGAUGCGCGCAUUCAGCUGUGCAAUCACCGAGAGUCACUGUGAUGACACUCGGCUCAAACAGCGUAUCCCCCCGGUCUAGCUACGCAAUCCCUGAAUGCCCAUAGGCUGUAUCAGGUGUCAAUCAUAGAAAACAUGAACCCCCUAAUAACCUUUAAAAACGGAGCUUCAAAGAAAAAAGAGGACUUGAGCACAAACCAGUCUUACAUUAACUACAUGUCAACAUCACAAGCAAGGGGGAGAAAAAUUUAUGUUCUGUGUGAUAAAUUUCUAAAGUUUGUCCACAGCCCCAUAAGCUUUGCUGACGGAGGCAGGAUUUAUGACCUAUACUGCAGCCCAUCAACAGAGGGUGCUGUUCUCGGAGUGGCUUCACCCAGCAAGGAGGCAGACUCUGUCCAUCUUAUAUACAGUCUAUGGGUCAACUCGAAGGUCUAAUCACACUGACAUGUUAACACUGACUGAGCGUCCUUUUUCAUAACUUCACCUUCGUUUUUUUUUCAUUAAGAUAAUAACCUUGUUAGCUUGUCGGCUACUGUUUGAACUAAAAAAGUUUUUGAGUUCAUGUUUUAUCUUUUAAAUGUUAUGAGACUCCUCAUCAUGUCCAAACAGGAAGUUACUAAUUUAGUGUAAAAUAUUAAAUUUGAUAAAACUGAAGAGUUGAAUUUAUUUAAUUUAAGCAACUGUGAUGUUGAAAUUUAUCUAAACGUCUAAGGCUUUUACAAAUCAAGAUGACUAAAAACAAAGAGUAUAAAAUUUUCCUCACAAAUUGAUGAAUUUAUUUAUUUAAGCCUCAAGUUCUGAUUUAAAUAAGAUGUAACCAGUGAAUUAAAAAGAUUUACAUUUUCAUUUUACAAGAAUGAAGUUGUAGUUUCACCAGAAUACAGUUGUUUUCUUAUAAAAUUAAAUCAAAAUAAAGGAAAAAGUCAUAAAUCCACAAUUACAAAUGUUGAAAGUCACUACUUUCAAAUAAAAAUUAAACAUAAUACAAUUUGUACAUUUAGAAGAAUAAACCUUUAACUAAACAAAAAUAAAUGUAUAUGAGCGAGAGAAACAUUCUGAAAUGACACAGCUUCAAAUUUUGAAAUGUACAAAAACAAAGAAAUUUACCAAAUUUUAUAUGUUAAUAUUUGAAAAGUUUAUAAACAUAAUUCUUUUCGAAUAAACUUGUAAACUAACAAAGUCAUAAAGAAAGAAAAUCUUCAUCUUUAGGGAAUAGAUUCACAAUUUUAUGAGAAAGAAGUCAUGACUGAACGGGACUUUAUUCUGAGAGUGGCUCAAUUCUGAUUUAUUUUAUUUUUGAAACCUUUAUUUUUUUCUCACUGUCCAGUGAGAAAAAGUUUUGAGUUUGCAGCUACAAAGACAUCUCUGAUAUUUUCUGACGUUUUUCACAGUUCUCUAUUGUGCGACGCUAAACUAAUACUUUCCCGUCUAUGCUAGGCUAACACACACAGGCUGAUUUGAAACGUCUUAUUCUGAAAAAAAAAAUCAGAUUUAAAGAACGUUUUGUUGUUUUUAUAAAGUUUUAUCGAAGCUGAAUGUUUCAGAGCUUUGUUGAUGAAGUUUGAACGAAUGAAACAUUUUUAUUGAAGCUUCCUGUCGACACUUUAAGCAGACGACUGACGAUAAAGUUCAUUUAUGUAAAAAUCAAACUUUACUAUAUAAAAAUAUUUUGUCUAGAAAAUAAUUCAGAGCUCAAUGUUUCCGAGUCAGACGUUUGGGAUAAAUGGAUUUAGUUCUGACCUGCUGACAGGUGAUCAUGUGACUCUUUUCCUCCAGGUGAGUCUGCAGGUGAAUUUAAGACUCAUAGGUUCAGUUUGGGGGUAACUUCCGACAGAUCGCUCUAUCUGCUUUUAUUUUGAAAAAUGUUAACAUUUUUUUAUAAGAACAGGUGCAUGACAUCACAUAUUGAUGGCAUCACCUGUGAUGAAAGAAAGAAGGAGGUUUGUCUUUUUAUCAGUCAGCUGAUCGAACUUUGGAAAAAUAAGGACAUGAGAGUGAACUGGUUUAAACCAGUAGAUCUGGAUUAAGAUUUUAAAAGUUUCAAAAAGAUAAAUCUAGUUUAUACAAAGUCAGGUUUACUCUCGCUCUGACUGGUUUAAACUGGUUUCUUUUGGAUGGGUCUAGAUAAAAUUGAUUUACACUGGUGUUAUUGGUUUUACCUGGUUCAGACUGGUUAAGACUGGAUUAGACUGGUUUAAACCUCUUCAGACUGGUUGAAACAGGUUUAAACUGGAUCAGACUGGGUGAACAGUUAAGAAUUGAUUUUAAUACAGUGUCCGGUGCGCUCUGGUUUCAAAUGAACUGAAAUGUAAUUUAACUUAUACUACAUUAUACUGGUAAGAACCAUCUCAAACUGGUUUACAGUGACUCAGACUAGUUUUGUACUUGAUCUAAAACAUAAAGUUUAGUUUUAACCAGCUCAAACUGGUUUAUCCUGGACUAAUCUAAAACAGUUUCAAUUGGCUCAAACUGGUUUACUCUGGAUCAGACUGGUUUACUCUGGCUCAAACUGGUUUCCUCUGGAUCAGACUGGUUUAUUCUGGAUCAGACUGGUUUAUUCUGGAUCAGACUGUUAGUUUCUGGUCUUGCGGAUGGACCUUGUUGUUGUGAGUAGAUACUUGAAGUUUAAACUAAUUCAAAGUAUUUUUGUACGCCUGUUAGCAGAUAGAAACGUCUCUGAUAAAUCUGUGAAUCUAUUUUUCUUCUUUGCUCAGAUUGUGACUCAAACUGUGGAAUAAAAAUGUUUGUUUUAUGUUCAAUACUCGGACCUGCUGCAUCAUUCAGUCUGACGGGACCACCGGAGUCCUGUCAGGACUCUGUAUCUCAGGCUCCCUCCACAUCAGGAAGAUCGAUUGUUUUAAACUUUGAUGAAAAAUCUGUCUGCUCAUUUUAAACCCAAUGUCAGAAACAUGUUUGACUCACUCGUUAGCUCAAGUGUAGUACUCAGGUUUGACCAGCAGGCGUUCCCGGAUCCUGUCAACUCUGCAGUUUCUCCUCCACAUGAUGGCUAAAAAACAACCAGGAACACAGAUGGAAAUUAAAGUAUCAAUGAUUAAACUGCGAUCAUGGGAGCAUGAUGGGGAUUUUGUUUCCUGGUGGUGUCUGUAGACCUUCAGACCCCUGUGAGGUUAGACAGAGUUUAAUAAACCAGCACAGACCUACAUUUUUCAGUUUUUCUCUUUAGUUAGUGAUUCUGAAGAAACAGAAAGACAAAAAUCACCAGAAGAAGACUUUAGGGUUGGUUUAUCCCGUCUGUUCACUCCAGUUCAAUACCUGGACUCUCUCAGCUGGGCCAGUGUCCCUCCUCCAUAAAUGGCGUCUGGACACCUUAAAGGGAUAUUCCGGCGUCAAAUUAAUUUAUGGUCAAACACACUGUAACAUCGAGUUAGACACCCCCUCCAGGGAUGAAUGUUGCCGACCGCUUGCUUCUCUAAACCAACCAACUUUAGUAACAACCGCAGGAUAGCAAUACACAGCGGUCUG